AUGGCUGGCAGUCACCCCUACUUCAACCUGCCUGACUUCACGCAGCCAUCACCGCCCUCUACUCCGCCCAGUCUCCCAUCGCACCAGCGCUGCCGGCCCUCCGAUGCCACCAAGGGGCUGCUCGUGGCCCUGCUGGGUGGGGGCCUACCUGCUGGCUUCGUGGGCCCCUUCUCCCGUAUGGCUUACCAGGCUUCCCACUUUCCCUCGCUGGAGCUGCUCAUCUGUCGAUGCCUCUUCCACCUUCCCAUUGCCCUGCUACUUAAACUGCGUGGUGACCCCCUCUUAGGACCUCCCGAUGUCCGAGGCCGGGCCUGCCUCCAUGCCCUGCUCAACGUCCUCAGCAUCGGAUGUGCCUACAGUGCAGUUCAGGUGGUGCCUGCUGGCAAUGCUGCCACCGUCCGCAAAGGUUCUUCCACUGUCUGCUCUGCUCUCCUCGCCCUCUGCCUCGAGAGCCAGCGUCUCAGCGGCUAUGACUGGUGUGGCUUGUUGGGCAGCACUCUGGGACUCAUCAUCAUUGUGGGACCUGGACUAGGGACCCUGCAGGAGGGGACCACGGGCCUCUACACCGCCCUAGGCUAUGUGCUUGCUUUCCUAGGUGGCCUGGCACUGUCACUGGGGCUCCUGGUGUAUCGCUCCCUCGACUUUCCCUCCUGCCUACCAACGGUGGCCUUCCUGUUUGGUUUGGUGGGGCUGGUGGGCUCUGGGCCAGGCCUCUUUAUGCUGCAGACCCCCGUGCUGCCCAAGGAUCCUCUGAGUUGGAGCUGUGUGGGGGCAGUGGGGAUUCUUGCCCUAGUCUCCUUUGUGUGUGUGAGUUAUGCGGUCACUAAGGCCCACCCCGCCCUGGUAUGUGCUGUCCUGCACUCUGAGGUGGUGGUGGCCUUGAUGCUGCAGUACUAUGUGCUCUAUGAGACCGUGGCACCUUCUGACAUCAUGGGGGCAGGGGUUGUUUUGGGCAGCAUCGCCAUUAUCACUGCCCAGAACCUCAGCUGUGAGAGGGAAGGGCAGGUGGAGAAGUGA